AUGACGAAUUUCUUCUUGUUAACACCAACGUAAGUUUCCAGUUAAUAAAUUGAUAUUUAAGUACGUGUGUUCUGAAGAUUAAACGUAAUAAACGGGUACUACGUUUUCAAUGGAUUCAUUGGAUAUUGAAUUGGAUAAUAGCCUAUGGAAAUAAAUCAACACCCACUAUCAGUUUAUCUAUACUCAGAAAAUAUCGACCGGCGACAAAAAUAAUACCGUUGAUACCAUAUAAUGGUCACAGCACAAAAGCGCUUGUAUUAAACAAAUUUGAUAGUCUCGUACCACAAAGAACUUUACCGUCGAACAGCACAAGUAGAAAUGCCCACAAAAUGGUGGCGUAUGUAGCGUUAAUCUUCUUCCGUGGCCUCCUUUCUAAGAUGGCAUUGCUGCAUACUGCUUUCUACUUUCUAGUCAAAUGGAAGUUUAUUGCUGCAUUAGCCCUACAUCCAAGUUCUGUUAGAAAAUCAACAACUGUAUUACUAGUUGCUAUGUCUAAACUACUUCUAACAAUUGUAGGUCUUGAUUUGUCACCCAAUUCAGGUUGACCAAUGUAACGUAACUGCCAAGGCAUAUCUUGAUAAUCUAAGGCCCUUCUUACGCGUAAAAGUAAUGGUUGUUCAGCUCCUCUAAAACAUAUAGCAUUACAAUUAUAUAAAUUUAUAAAUAAUAUUUCUAAUAAUCUUUAAAAUUAUCUUAUAUACCUGAUACUGAAACACAUUUCGUGGUCAUUAAAAGUUUCUGGUCCUGUAUCUACAUUAUCACAUAAACCACGUAAUCUGUGAAGCAAUACUUCCACAGCACUAUCUAACACAGAUCCUUGUAAUAAAUAUUCUUGAUUUGGAAUUAUAUUAGAUCUAAUUGCAGCUGUUAAAUUGUCCAUUGCUGUACUUAUUGGUGCACUCAUUUUUAAGGUUGUAAGUCUUUCACAGCGAUAUAAAUCUUUUUUAUUUGUAAAAUAGAAAUAUAUUUGACAGGUAUUCACUUUUGUAGGUUAA